UACAGACUGGUGCAGGGGAGCAGUGCAACGUCAUUAUCUGCACCCAAACAAGACUCACCGUGACCACUAUAGCUCGGACCUGCCUAUGAGAUGUGUCUGGGACAGCCAUGCCUACAGGACUUGCAACUCUCACUGCUUGUGACCUGUGUGAUUGUUUUAUUUAAGCCUCUAUAGUAUGUGAAAUAUGUGACUGAUCUGCUUUGGCUGAUAGUGCUUGUGUGUUGUAAAAUAUACUGAGCAUUCCUGUGGCGUUGUAAUGCUGCACUGAAACUUUCUCUAUUUGCUAUAAUAUCUCUUAUUGCUUUAGAAAUUGAGUCUGUAUUUCUUUCAGUUUCCUGACUUUAGACUGUGUUUGUGCUCCAUCUCUGCAUUACUAUUUUGUCCUAGUGCCUGUGUGUUUGCUGGGCACCUCUCUAUGGUUCCCCAUCCUAGGUCCUAGCAAGAGACAUGAGUUCAGGAUAUCAGGAAACCAACAUAUGGGCACAUUUAUUUCUGCUGAUGUUAACCCCCCUGCUCUCUGGAGGAGAAAAUGAUCAGAUAGUGUAUGAAGUAACUGGAUCACAAAUCUCUUCACAACCCUUAAAUACCUCUCUGGCGCUGAAGGAAUGGCUUUCAUCAGAGACUGCUACUGCUCAUGAACGCGAAUGGCAUUACACAAAAGUAAAAAAAAUAACGGAAACACUACCAACCUCACCUCCUAAUGUUAUUAGAUUUAACCGAACUAUAUCGAAUAUUGCACUUUCUGAGCAUAAGGAUGUGAAGUUUAGUUGUUCAGUUGUGGUUCCUGAGAUUUAUAUUGGAGAACAGAUUACCUGGUGGAAGGACGGCAUGUUACUACCGUCAUCAGAACGCAUUUCCAUCCAGUCUUUUGAGAUUGAACAUAAUGAAAUGGCCACUAUGUUGUCAUCUUGCAGCAUUUCAGACGUGAAGAGGUCAGACAAUGGGUCAUACACGUGUAAAUUAAAAAUGAAAGAGAAUGAAAUUGUUUCAGAUCCAAUCAACAUUGAAGUAGAAGGUCUACCAUAUUUCAUUCGGCAGCCAGAGAGCUUCAGUGUCAUCAAAAAUAUGCCAUUCAAUCUCACCUGUGAAGCUGUUGGACCUCCAGAACCUGUAACCAUUUUCUGGUUUCGGAAUAGUAGAAAAGUUAAUAACACUCCAGAGCUAUCACCAGCUGUUCUGACAGUGCUGGGUUUGGAUGAAUCUGCAACAUUCAGCUGUGAAGCGCACAACACAAAAGGCUUGACUGCUUCCAAAGAAGUCAAAGUCAAUAUAAAAGGUAACCCUGAGCCACCAACUGAAGUGAAAGCUUUAAACAGAGCAGCACAUAGUGUCCGUCUCUCCUGGGUCCCUGGCUUUGAUGGCUAUUCUCCUUUGAGACUCUGCAACAUACAGGUAGAGGAAAUUGCACAAGAAGACAAGAAUUUAACAAUGAUGUUUAGCACCUCUGUUCCCCCUUAUGAACACGAAAUUCAGCAACUGAAAGCAAUUACCGAUUACAACAUCAGUGUUUCCUGCAUGAAUGAAGUUGGCUGGUCUUCCCCAAGCUCAUGGGCUGUGGCCAGUACCACAGAAGGAGCUCCAACUGCUGCUCCUCAGAAUGCAACCACAUUAUUUAAUGACUCCCAACAAGUUCUCAUUGUACAUUGGAUUCAACCUCCCAGUAAUGAGAUAAACGGUGAUCUUUUGGGGUAUAAAGUAUUGCAUUCAUGGCAAACCUAUGGUAACCCUAUGGUAAAUUAUACUGAGAGGGUAAAUUCCUCAGCAGUUUUAAUUCCCAUCAGAGCAACCAAUGCCACCUGCACUGUGUACGUUGCUGCCUAUACAAGUGGAGGUGAUGGACCUUAUAGCCAGGCUGUUCAAAUUCUUAUUCCAGGAGAUGGUUCAAUAACCUCAGAACCUUCUUCUACUCCUGCACCAGGAAAUGCAAGUCCAUAUCUGAUAUUACUGGGAAUUAUUUGCACCCUCAUGAUCUCAGUUCUGAUUAUUUAUGGUUCAUUGAUGAUAAUUAAAAGGAAAAAGGAGAUUCAGUUUGGGAAUGCUUUUGACAACUCUGAUUCAGACAUUGUGGUGAGUUUCACUGCUAAGAAGUCCUACAGCAGAAAAGCAAUUGAAGUGACAUUAAGUACAUUAGGAAUCAGUCAAGAUCUGCAGCAGAAAUUAGAAGAUGUCAUGGUUGACAGAAGCUUGCUGAGUCUUGGAAAGGUCCUGGGCGAGGGUGAAUUUGGAUCAGUAAUGGAGGGGGAGCUCAGAUAUCCUGAUGAUGCAACUCAAAACGUGGCAGUGAAAACUAUGAAGUUGGACAACUUUUCACAAAGAGAAAUAGAAGAGUUUCUAAGUGAAGCAGCCUGCAUGAAAGACUUCAGCCAUCCAAAUGUGAUUAGGCUACUGGGUGUGUGCUUAGAGGUGGGCUCCAGGCGCAUUGCAAAGCCAAUGGUUAUUUUACCGUUCAUGAAGUAUGGAGAUCUGCACAGCUUUUUGCUAUCAUCCCGAAUCGGCGCUGGUCCCCAGCAUGUGCCCUUGCAGACUCUCUUGAAGUUUAUGAUUGACAUUGCUACAGGAAUGGAAUAUCUCAGCAACAAAAAUUUUCUUCAUAGAGAUUUGGCAGCUCGAAACUGCAUGUUGAGAGAUGACAUGACUGUUUGUGUAGCUGAUUUUGGCUUGUCCAAGAAAAUUUAUAGCGGUGACUAUUAUCGUCAGGGACAAAUUGCUAAAAUGCCCGUGAAAUGGAUCGCUGUUGAAAGUCUUGCUGACCGCAUCUAUACAAUCAAAAGUGAUGUGUGGGCGUUUGGGGUAACAAUGUGGGAAAUUUCCACAAGAGGGAUGACCCCAUAUCCAGGGGUUCAGAAUCACGAGAUCUAUGAUUAUUUACUUGAAGGGCACAGGCUAAAGCAGCCAGCAGACUGUUUGGAUGAACUCUAUGAACUGAUGUAUUUAUGCUGGAGAGCAGACCCAGUUGACCGCCCUACAUUUACAGAACUGAAGAAUAAACUGGAGAAACUUUUGAAGAGUUUGCCAGAAGCAAAAGACAAAGAUGUGAUUUACAUUAAUACAAGUUUGCCUGAGGAGAGUGAGCUACUAACGCAAGAUCCAGAAUUAAAUGACAUGGACCUAAAUCUGAAUCCUGACUACGUCGUACAGUCUUGCUCUCCAAAGUCUGAUACCACUACUGUGACAGUGGAAAUUCAUGAUAGCCACGCCCAUGAGGAGAGGUACAUUUUUGGAGGAGCAUCAGAUGAGCAGGCUGGCGCUUUGGAACAGGCUGCUAUUCCGCUGUUACAGGAUAGUUAUCCAUUCAGCAGAGCACCUUGGUGCGAGAGUAGCAGAUGUGUAGGUGACCGCACAUUGACUGAUGAGCUUCUUUUCGCUGAUGACCCUUCAGAGGAUUCAGAAAUUAUAGUGUAGCGAUAAUGCAUUUAUUAACCCCCUCCCCACAAUAUGAAAUGAACUUUUUUAUGUUUCUUAAAAAAAACCUACCUGACAAAAUGUAUGUUUUUUUUUUUUUUACCUUGCUGAGAAAUGUAUAAACCAUUGUAAAUAACAUAGAAUAUUUAGCAGACAAUAUAGAUGAGUGUUACAUAUAUAUAUAUUUGUAUAGAGAGAUAAAUAUAUCAAUAGAAAUUUUUAUUCAAACCACUGAAAUGUAAAUAGUACUGAAGUAAGGGCAGCAGUCUUUAUUUUUAAUCGCCAUCCAGUGUGCCUUUGUAACUUAAACGGACAUAAAACUCAAAAUUUAUAUGCACCUGAAUACAGCAUUUUUGCAAUUAGUAUUAAUAAAAAUGUUUCUAGUAAAUAGUUGUGUUUCAGUGAGAGCAUAUCUUGUACUGGUGACGACUCAAUUUACAUUCUAGGUGAUCAGGUGCGGUGUUUGAAUGGGGGUGCAUGGGGCAUAUGUACAUAUGCUCCGUGCACAGUAAAAGCCAUCACUGAAAUUUCAUAAUUUUUAUUAGAAGCAUUUAUUGUUGUUAAUAUAUUUGCUUCUUUUCCAAAACUUCAUGUCUGAGUCUUAUUUCAUUUAAUAAGGGAUGUAAACAACAAUAGUAUGUUGGGCAUGUGUAGCAACUGCAUACUACAGAAACACACAUUGAAAUACAAAGUAUUUUUUAGCAAAGUUUGAAAUACAAAGUAUUGCACGUGCUUUUCAGUUAUGAGUUUUAUGUCCCUUUAAAAUAACAGAAAAUACAAUAGUAUGCUGAGGCUGUACAGACCUUGAAUAGUGUUGCAACACACUUUGUAAUAUAUUAUUUUUUUUAAAAAGGGGCGGCUAUAGUUUGACAGGCGCUGAUUAGUACAGUCACACAGCAUACUACUGACUUCUAUGGUCCUUUAAUACAGGUAUUUUUUUCUAAGUUAUACUAAACAUUAUUUGAUCUGCAUUUUCACUUGAAAAAUACACUACCUCUUCUUGCUGCAUUAACUCUCUAAACUAGAAGUAGUUUUGUGUUUAAUUUAUUGUCUCAGUAUAUUCUUAUUAAAUCUUAAAGGGAUAUGAAACAGUGCUCUUUUAGUAAAAAUAAAUAUAUGUUAAACCUAAAAAGAAACAGAUUGUGAAAAAAACAGCAAUUGUUUUCUUGCAAAAUGAGCACUGCCACUGCCUAUAGUUACACAAGAAAGCUUACAUGCUGGGAACUUAAAGGGACAGUCUACACUAGAAAGAUACUUACAUAUUUGGAAUCCUUGCCCACUGUUUGAUCCACACAGCAUUAUCCAAAGAAACCAUAAUUUUUUUUAUCGUUAGAUGUUUUAAAAUGGCCGCUGGACUCCUAUUUUCAGUGACAUCAUUCUUUUCAAAGGUAAGAGAGAGGUUUUUUUUCCACUGCAUGCCAAAAAUUACUUUUUCUUUGGAUAACGCUGUACGCAUAAAACAGUGGGCAAGGAUUCCAAAUAUGUAAGUAUCUUUCUGGUGUAGACUGUCCCUUUAAGUUGCAUUCUGCCUCUUCUGAUAAUGGCCAAGAAACUGACUUUCUGUUUCUCUAGUAUUCACUGAACAGAAAGCCAGCUCAAGUUGCUCUAGAAGAUUUAGGACACUAAGCUAUAAUGCAUAUGCCUUCCUGUAGAGACCCCAGUUCACUUGAGGACUGUGACAGGAAGGAAAAAAAAACAUACUAUUAACUAUAACCAAUUGCUUAGUGGUUUUUUUUAUUACAACAAUGAAACAGACUGUUUUAUAUCCCUUUAAUAAACUUCAUUCCACAAGUAACCCAUUCCUACAUGUUGUUUUAAAGAAAACCCCAAACACACUGGGCAAGGUCACAAUCCUAAAUUUUUACUGAGAAUGCAAACAGGCUGCGUUCACUUAAAGGGACAUUGUACUCAACAUUUUUCUAUCUAUAUUUUUUUUUAUUAAAGUAAAAUGUGUUUAAAUUUAAAGUGAAACUACAGAGAGAAAUCCCACAAAGAAUGUUCAUUUAUUCAACCCAGGAAUAAACAUUUUUGAGAUGAAACAAAGAUUUUUUUUGAGUACCAUGUCCCUUUAAAUCAGACAUGCUCAAACUUGGCCCUCCAGAGGUUUUGGAACUACAUUUCCCAUGAUGCUCAGCCAGCACUUAUACAUGCUAUCUUGUUUUACCCUGAAAAUGUGUAAACACUUUAAAAUUAAAGCUAAUAAUGCAUGGCUGGUUUAACACUUUCCUCACUGGCUGAUAAGGCUUCAGCUUUAUUGGAAGAGAGGGACACACCUUUGCUUUACUGGUGGGUAGGGUUACCACCUCAGCCAUGUUUUCCUGGACACUUAUGAAUUAUACAUGCUGCAGGGUGUGCAGGUAGGAACAUGAAUUAAAACCCUGGACAGCACACAAAUAAUAACACUGACCAGCACUAUUAAUGUUCCUCUCUGCACACCCUGCAGCAUGUAUAACUCAUAAGUGUCCAAGAAAACAUGACCGAGGUGGCAACCUUACUGGUGGGUUUAAUCAGCCCAAGUUUUACAAAAAUCAAAUAGAUUUUGAAAUGCCCCUUUUUUAUAUGAAACAAGCAAGAGUUGACUACAUUGUCCCUUUAAGGUUGAUUUAUGGAGUGAAAAUGAGCCACCAUAUUAUGGUAGCACUGGUAGCCAUGUUAUAUAUGUACUAGCCUUAUCCCUUUAACAUACCACCUGCUGCCUACAGCCACAGCAUUAAAGGAAAAGUCAAAAUUAAACGCUCAUGAUUCAGACAGAACAUGUCAUUUUAAACAACUUUCUAAUUAACUUCUAUCAAAUUAGCUUUUAUAUUUCUCUUGGUAUCCUUUGCUAAAAACAUACCUAGGUAGGCUUAUGACCAGCAAUGUAAUACUGGGAGCUAGCUGCUGAUUGGUAGCUAGCUACACAUAUAAGCCUCUUCUUAUUGGCUCACCCAAUGUGUUCAGCUAGCUCCCAGUUGUUUAAAACUGUAUUCUCUAUCUGAAUCAUGAAAAUAUUUUGGGUUUCAUAGCCCUUUAACCCCAUCCUGUCACAAACCCCUGCCUCUGUACCCAGGCAUAUCCACAUACUCACUGUGAAGUUUUUUUUAUUUCACUUGGUGGGUUUAUCAGUGAAAUAAAAAAAUAGUAAUCUACUUUUUCUGUUUCUUUACCUUGCUGAUAAUCUAUUUCUUGACAAAUAAAUGUAGCAAAUUAUCUUUUAGUUACAAUGUUAUCAUGAUAUUUUUAGUAGGUGCUUUAUAUUUAUAUUGUAGAAAUAACAGAGAAAAUGCAAAUCAAAGUACAAUUCAUUGGAUACUGUGUUAUAUUAACGCUUUCAGGGCAUUAUUCUUCUAAAUUUAGCUAAGUUCAAUAAAAUGUGCAUGAAGUGCAUAAAAUACAUUUCAAAUGAUAUUGCGGUUGCAAACUAAAGGCAAGUUGGUCUAUUAAUGGUAUUAUUACUUAUUUAAUAAGUCUUCAUGUUAGUGCUUGAUAAAUCCUGGUAGCCAGCAAAACUAUAAAUCUUAAAGGGAUAGUAAACACCAAAAAUGUUAUUGUUUAAAAAGAUAGAUAAUCCCCUUAUUUACCAUCCCCCAGUUUUGCAUUACCAACACUGUUAUAGAUACUUUUUACCACUGGAAUUACCUUGUAUAUAAGCUUCUGCAGACUGCCUCCUUAUCUCAGAUCUUUUGACAGACUUGCAUUUCAGGCAAUUAGAGUGCUGACUCUUAAAUAAUUCCCAAGUGUGUGAGCACAAUGUUAUUUAUAUGAAACACAUGAACUAAUACCCUCUAGCUUGAAAAACUGUCAAAUGUAUUUAGAUGAGAGGCGGCCUUCAAAGGCUUAGAAAUUAGCAUAUGAGACUACCUAGAUUUAGCUUCAACUAAGAAUACCAAGAGAACAAAGCAAAAUUGAUGAUAAAAGUAAAUUAGAAAGUUGUUUAAAAUGACAUGCCCUAUCUGAACCAUGAAAGUUUAAUUUAGAUUUUACUAUCCCUUUAAAGGACCAUUAUAUUGAGAGAAAAAAAUUGCAUGCUACAAUUUGUUAAAAUUCAGUUUGUGACUCUUUGUAACUUUUUAGAUUGUUCUACCUGCAUUUGCAUAUAAAACCAAGGGGUAGACCAGAAUCCUUUAGAAAAGCUUAUCAAAUUGAUUUAUCUGCAAAAAAGCUUAAUGCUGACAUUUUGUUGAAAAAGAAUGAGAUAAAAUUAAUAUUUAGAUAAUUAGGUACAAUCAACCCCAAAUUGUCUGGCUAUGCAGUAUUCUGGGUAGUUCCUACAAUUGAAUAAACAUGAAUAAAAAACAAGACAUAUAGACCAAAGUAUAGUAAAUCUGUAGUACAUGGAUAACUUUUUCAUUUUAAAAAUACUUAAAAUCUUAUUGGAUGGAGCUAUAAUGAAUGGGAGUGUAUAUUUUAUUCAAUGGUACAUUAAAGGGACAGUAAAGUAAAAAAACAUAUUUCAUGAUUUAAAUAGGGCAUGUAAUUUUAAACAACUUUCCAAUUUACUUUUAUUACCAAUUUUGCUUUGUUCUCUUGGUAUUCUUAGUUGAAAGCUAAAUCUAGGAGGUUCAUGUGCUAAUUUCUUAGACCUUGAAGCCUCUAAUUUGAAAGCAUUUUGAUAGUUUUUCACCACUAGAGGGCGUUAGUUCAUGUGUUUCAUAUAGAUAACAUUGAGCUCUGGCGCGUGAAGCUCCUAGGAGCCAGCACUGAUUGGCUAAAAAUGCAAGUCUGUCAAUAGAACUGAAAUAAGGGGGCAGUUUGCAGAGACAUAGAUACAAGGUAAUCACAGAGGUAAAAAGUGUAUUAUUAUAACUGUGUUGGUUAUGCAAAAUUGAGGAAUGGGUAAUAAAGGGAUUAUCUACCUUUUUAAACAACAAAAAUUCUGGUGUUUACUGUCCCUUUAAAUGGACAUACAACCAAACAUUUUCCUUCAUGAUUAAGGCAGAACAUACAAUUUUAAAUAAUUUUCCAAUUUACUUCUAAUAUCACAUGUCCUUCAUUCUCAUUGUAUCUUUGUUCAAUAAGAAACAAUGCACUACUGUGAGCUAGCGGAACUGAUUGGGUGAGCCAAUGACAAGAGGCAUAUAUGUGCAGCCACCAAUUAGCAGCAAGGUCCCAGUAGUUCAUGUCUGCUCCUGAACCUACCUAGGUAUAAAUUUCAACAAAUGAUACCAAGUUAACAAAACACAUUAGAUAAUAGAAAUAAAUUGUAAAGUUGUUUAAAAUUUAAAUUCUCUAUCUGAUUCAGAAAGUUUAAUUUUGACUUUACUGUCCCUUUAUGGUUGUUUUGUAUAGCAAUAUCUAAAUGUAAGAUCUCAUUAGAAUCUCACAUUGUAAUUUUAAGUGUUUGGCUUGAAAUAAAGAUUAUAUUUAAUAAUA